GGAAUGGCCGGUGGUACCAAUAGUGGGCCGAAUAAACUAAACAGCAGUUAUACGAAAUCGAUGCUCAGUGCUAGCAGCGUUGUGCGGCAGCAGUCUGAUACCAGUACGAUCAGUAGGCGGCUACAACGCUCCGCCGCAAUUUGCGACGAGCAACAACCUGAAACAUCGAUGCACGAUGCUUACUGCACUAUUCAGGUUUCUUUUUGCUCCUUCAUAUGUAGGGUGUUUGUUGUAGUUUUCGGAGGAAGAACAUAG